CUGCUGUCCAGAGUUAAGUGAUGCUCGGAGAAUAAGCCUGAAUUAAAUUCAAGUAGGAUCAGUCUUCGGGGGAGGGGGCAGAAAUCGCAGGAGAAUACGACUAAAACAAAGAGGAAGGAAGAGAGUCCAAGAAUUCUACAGGGUUUGCUUGGGUUGGACGCUACUUCGUUCACGACACAGAGAAUUUGGAUAUGCACAGACUAAAGAUGAGCUGUUCUAAAUUGCUUGGCUGCAUGUGCCACUGAAGAAGGACCAAGAGUUCCAUCUAAGGCAGAGUGUGAUAUUGAUCGUGUAUCCAAAGGCCCUUGGGAAGACAAUUGGCCGUGGAGAACUAUGAUAAUACAGCAAGUCUUGCUGCUGGUGCUGCUCUGGCUGGGCCUGCUACACCCCUGCUUGACAGCAAUGGUAUUUACCAGGACUACAGACCAUCAGCCCAAAACUUUUGUGGCACGUGUAACAGGGAACGAUGGAAAAGCUCUGCAUCGCCAGAAACGAGGCUGGAUGUGGAACCAGUUCUUCUUGUUGGAGGAAUAUACUGGGACAGAUUACCAAUAUGUUGGCAAGCUCCACUCUGACCAGGACAAAGGAGAUGGGUCCCUCAAGUACAUUUUGUCAGGAGAUGGGGCUGGCACUCUCUUUGUUAUUGAUGAGAGAACAGGUGACAUUCAUGCCACGAGAAGAAUUGACCGAGAAGAGAAAGCGUACUAUACCCUACGUGCCCAGGCUAUUAACAGAAGAACACUCCGGCCAGUGGAGCCUGAAUCAGAGUUUGUCAUCAAAAUCCAUGACAUCAAUGACAAUGAACCAACAUUUCCAGAAGAGGUUUAUACUGCAAGCGUUCCUGAAAUGUCAGUGGUUGGUACAUCUGUUGUGCAAGUCACUGCCAGUGAUGCGGAUGACCCCUCUUAUGGAAACAGUGCCAGAAUCAUCUACAGCAUUCUCCAAGGCCAACCUUAUUUCUCUGUGGAGCCAGAAACAGGCAUAAUCAGGACAGCUCUACCGAAUAUGAACCGGGAAAACCGAGAGCAGUACCAAGUGGUCAUCCAGGCAAAAGACAUGGGAGGCCAGAUGGGUGGAUUAUCAGGGACCACGACGGUGAACAUCACCCUGACUGAUGUCAACGACAAUCCGCCUCGAUUCCCCCAGAGCUCAGUCCACCUUCGUAUUCCAGAAUCCUCUCCAGUUGGCACUGCCAUUGGAAGUAUAAAAGCCUCUGAUGCAGACAUUGGGAGAAAUGCAGAACUUGAAUAUCGAAUUAUUGAUGGUGAUGGAAGGGAUAUGUUUGACAUUGUUACCCAAAAGGACACGCAGGAAGGCAUUAUAACAGUGCGAAAGCCCCUAGACUAUGAGAGCAGAAGGCUAUAUACUUUGAAAGUAGAGGCAGAGAAUCUAUAUGUUGACCCACGUUUUUAUUACCUUGGGCCUUUUAAAGAUACAACGACUGUGAAAAUAUCUGUAGAAGACGUGGAUGAGCCUCCCAUAUUCAGCAGGUCCUCAUACCUUUUUGAGAUACAUGAAGAUAUCGAGGUGGGCACAAUCAUAGGCACUGUGAUGGCCCGAGAUCCAGAUUCUGCUGCAGGACCCAUCAGGUUUUCUUUGGACCGUCACACUGACCUUGACAGAAUCUUCAACAUACAUUCUGGAAAUGGAUCUAUUUAUACUUCCAAGAUGCUUGACCGAGAAAUAUCUCAAUGGCACAAUCUUAGUGUGAUAGCAGCUGAGAUCAACAACCCAAAAGAGAUGACUCGUGUUUCCGUUUACGUCCGAAUCCUGGAUGUGAAUGACAAUGCGCCACAGUUUGCCGUGUUCUACGAUACGUUUGUGUGUGAAAAUGCAAGAGCCGGCCAACUAAUACAAACCAUAAGUGCAGUUGAUAAAGAUGAUCCCCUUGGAGGACAAAAGUUUUUCUUCAGUUUAGCUGCUGUUAAUCCAAACUUCACGGUCCAGGACAUUGAAGAUAACACUGCUCGAAUUCUGACGAGAAGGAAUGGCUUUAGUCGGCAUGAAAUAAGUACUUAUCUCCUGCCAGUGGUGAUAUCAGAUAAUGACUACCCCAUCCAAAGUAGCACUGGCACACUGACGAUCCGGGUGUGUGCCUGUGACAGCCGGGGGAACAUGCAGUCCUGUAACGCUGAAGCUUUGCUCCUUCCAGCAGGCCUCAGCACAGGAGCGCUCAUUGCCAUUCUGCUCUGCAUCAUUAUUCUGCUGGUUAUAGUGGUGUUGUUUGCUGCUCUAAAGAGACAGCGAAAGAAAGAGCCUCUGAUCUUGUCUAAAGAGGACAUCAGAGACAACAUUGUGAGUUACAAUGAUGAAGGUGGUGGAGAAGAAGAUACGCAGGCUUUUGAUAUUGGCACGCUGAGGAAUCCCGCAGCUAUUGAAGAUAAAAAGCUCCGCCGAGAUAUUAUACCUGAAACAUUAUUUAUACCACGGAGGACUCCUUGUGCUCCAGAUAAUACAGAUGUCCGAGAUUUCAUUAACCAAAGGUUAAAGGAGCAUGAUAAUGACCCUUCUGCCCCACCGUACGACUCCCUGGCAACCUACGCAUAUGAAGGAAAUGAUUCUAUAGCUGAAUCCUUGAGUUCUUUAGAGUCUGGCACUACCGAGGGAGACCAAAACUAUGAUUACCUCAAGGAAUGGGGCCCUCGGUUUAAUAAGCUUGCUGAGAUGUAUGGCGGAGGCGAAAGUGAUAAAGACACUUCCUAACCUACAGUAGGAUAUACCGUUUUUGUUCAUUUGAGAGGAAGUAACUUUACAGACACCUUCUCCACGUGACAAUAUUUGAUGUUCAGGAACGUUCUCCUGCCACUCAGCACAAUGAGGUUUUUUUCCCCCUUCUUCUCCUUCUUUGUUUCAUUUUUGAAUUUGCUCAUUAAUGUCCUUUAUUCUUUCUUGUAGAACGUCACAUGGGAUAUAUACAGCAUUUUAUUUAACCCCUUUCCGAAAGCCAAAGCUAUUGAAAUUCAGUGUCAUCCAUUUUAUGAAAUAAAAGGAUGCACUCUGUUUGACCAGGCUUAUAACUUCUCAAGCAGUCCUAGAUAACAAGUUGCUUCUGUUAAAUACAUGUUCUACACUUGCAAGUGCAGCUUUUAAAAAGACCCAGACCGCGAUCCAUAAAUGGCCAUGCAUGCAUGUUCAACAUGCACACCCACAUCAUCCUUAGAAAUGUGUUCCUUUUUCAGAAAUUGCCCACAGAGGACUCCCAUAUAGCAUAUUCAACUCUUGAAUAGAGACAGCACUCUCACCAGAACCUACAUGCCUAUAAAAAAGAGGCCCU